AUGGCCAUUAUGGAUGCCUACGAAAUGAUAUACUGCCCACACAGGACAUAUAAGUACAGAUUUGUGGAUCAUCGUCAGUGUCACAAGAUACUGCGGACCACAAAAAUAGUUGCGUGUGAAAAUACGAUCGUUGAUUUAGCUUUAUAUAGCGGAUCAUUACCCGCCACGGAUUUGCAACAAUGUUAUGAAAAUGCAAAUUUAAUAGAAGCUGAUGUAAUUACAAACGCAGAAAUAAAAAACGGUUCCUAUAAAAGUCCUGAAAAUGUAGAAAAAAUGAGGAAAAAUGCUUGUUUGACAUUAUGCAUAUUACGAAAACGAGGACAGAUUGUUGAUUCGGAAAUUCAAAAGAAUAAAUUGUAUGGCAAAUUGGCAAGUGCUCUUUUCAGUCCCGAUAUGCAACAAAAAAUGUACUCUACCAUAAACCGUUGUAUUGAACAAGUUAAGACAAAAACAGAUAUGUGCGAAAAAUCCUUUGAUCUUCUCACGUGCAUCUGGAAAGACUUGAUUUAAAUGUGUCAAUUAAAUUUACAAUUAUCUUUUUAUUAGUAUUCGUAUUAGUAUUAGUAUUAAUUCUUUUUA